UGACCAUGAAGCGUGCAACCGUUCCGACAUAUCGGGAAAAUAAAAAGAAGUCAUACCGUGGGCUUAUCACUUUGAUUCUGUCAUGUCACUGUCUGUCAUGUCACUGAUCAUGGCGAAGCUGUUAAUAAUUGUAUCAACACUGGUGGUAUGCAGUAUUGCCCAAAGGUCGUUCUACGCCAAACGCCCCAUAGGCUACCCUGAAAUAGUAUCAACCACACGAUCACCGCCGACGACAAAACAGCAACAGUUAUCUGAUAACCCUACGGGCAGGAUAAAUGACGCGGAAGACAAUAGACGACCAUAUAUUCCAAUAGAAUUUCAAUCGGAUCCCUUAUCCUACUACUACUACUUACGUCUGCCGGUACACCAAAGACCUUUCAACGUUAUAAACGCACGUCAAAUUGACGACUGGAACUCCAAGCCACAUACGUACACAUUGCGACGUAAUAAUUACGCUCGAGACCAAAUAUAUUUUCCUGAUAAGUAA